GGGCAGCAGGAAGCUAUGGUGCUGCUAUGGUGGAGACAAGUGCGCAGUGCAGGUCCUGCGCUACACUGUAACCCGUGUCCAAAAAGUGAGAGACAGAAACUUUGAAGGGUUACUUUACAUGGGGCAACAAGUACAUUUAUAAAAGGAGGUUUUUACCAGUUUUUACUCUCAUUUAGUAAGAAAAAGGGACAACAUUCUCUUGCUUGUUUGCCAUUGGUCAGCUGUCAACUUCCGUACCUGAGUAAGAUGUUACAUGAUUGGACACUGAAAAUAAACUGGUCGUUCAUUGGUUGAGAGUGAACCGGUAAAUUCAGUCCCGCGUUAUUUACUUCCUCUACCAGGACAGUAACAUGCAGACAUGUCCUCUAGUAUGUCUUCCAUUACUCUGAAUAUUCUCCAGUCUUUGUAUCAGCACACAGAGUCACUAGAAGCGUUUGCACAGAGUAUCGCAGUAAGAGAGGGAGAGAAGAUUGUGCUGGUUCAACCGUCUGACACAAACCGGUUCAAGACUUUCGUCAAAGGUGUUUUUAUAUGUUUUGAUAAGAAGCCACAGGAUGGAUGGAGCUGCAACGAAGUAAGUCAGCCCACGAUUUAGAAGCUUUGGGAAGACCAGAGCCAAGACGAAAUAUAUUGGCAUUUACUCGCACUUUGAUUUGCAUUAAAAGAAAAAAAAUACAUUAGAGUUACAGUGCAGCGGAUAACUGAAAAUAGUGUGUCAUAAAGGUGUAAACUAUGUGAACAUUCUCCUGAAAUGUGCAAAUAUCUGCUGCACUAGUAAGCAAAAAGCUCAUCAAUCUACUUAAAAGCCUUUAAUUUGAGAUCCAGGGCAUUUAACUACACUAACUGCAUGAAGUUCAAGUAAAAUCUGCAAUUAAUCCCCUCAUGAAAGUACAGUGUAACUGAAAUGACGGGCACCAACCCUGUAUUGAUGUGGUAUGUUUUAUGCUUUCCACAGACUUGUACUUUUCCUGAACUCUUGGCUGUUGUUCUCAACACCAUAAUAAGAAAAAAUAAGAAGAAUGUCUUGGCACAUGGAUACAAUCUCCUGCCCUUCACCCAGGAACAGCGGAAUGCAGACUUAUUUAAGUUACAAGGAGAGAUCACCCAAAGUGCUGCCUACAUCCGUGGAAGCUGCCUGUGGAAACAAGUCGCCAGUCGCCUCGGCACAGACAUCACACGGUACCUGUUGGAGGGUUGUGCUGUGUUUGUAGCUGUCCCUCCCUCAUGUCUUUUCCAGGUGUGUGGGGUUCCCAUCUAUGACAGAGUACAAGUGGCUUCUGCCAGCACUGGUUUUUAUCUUCAGCCUCGAUCCAAUGGCAAAAAGAGAGCAAGACCGGACAAAUCAGUCUGGAACAGAAAAAGAAAGAGGGAAACUGAUCAGACAGAUGAGACAGACAUGGAGACGCUUCCUGGAAAGAAGAGACGAGUGGGACAAGAAGGACCCACAAAUGAAAUCCAGCAGGAUUGCUUUGAAACAUUGGAGAAAGAACAGCCAUUGUCGGCGAAAUCAGCGCCAUCUUUGAAGCCUUUGGAAAAUAGUGCCGCUGGUUUAGAACAGCCUGGUGGAAUGCAGACAAGAACAAAUCCCUCAAAAGGAGAACCCACUUGGAGGUCAGGGACUUACCCCCCUCUGCCUCCCUCUCAAUGUUUUAUCUACUCACAUGGAUUGCUGUAUGGGGGUAAGGGAAUGGGUGGCUUGCUACUGAACAGGAAAAGGAACAGUGCUGAUGGACGCUCAAAGCUAAACGGGCAACAUUUACUGAGAAUAAUCUUUUUUGAGGGACUGCCUUAUCUAAAAGGGGUGGAGAAGAAGCCGAAGAAACUCCCCCGUCGCUAUUUUAACAUGGUCCCCCUAUUCGACCAACUGAUGCAUCAACAUAAAAAAUGUCCCUACCGCAUCAUUCUGCAGAGGUUUUGCCCACUGAUGAAAGUGCGCAACACAGGAGAAGAGGAAUUACACCCCCUCUUGGCUCAACACUGUGCACCUCAUCGGGUCUACCUGUUUGUUAAGAAGUGCCUCUCCACUGUGAUCCCCCAAGAACUGUGGGGCUCUGAGCACAACCGACUGAACUUCUUUGCCAGAGUCAGGGGCUUUCUGCAAAAUGGCAAAUAUGAGAGGCUCUCAGUGGCUGAGCUGAUGUGGAAGAUGAAGGUGAAUGACUGUGACUGGUUGAAGAUCAGUAAAACAGGUAAGAUUGUCUAUAAGCUGAUUUUCCUUGGACAUGUUUUUUUCAUGACUUGAACAACACUUUUACUUGUAGGCAAGAUCCCACCCUGUGAGCUCUCAUACCGGACACAGAUCCUGGGUCAGUUCCUUGCUUGGCUUCUGGAUGGCUAUGUUGUCAGCCUGGUUCGAGCCUGUUUCUAUGCCACUGAGAGUGUGGGUCAGAAAAACCUCAUCAGGUUCUACAGAUGUGAAGUCUGGGAAAAACUACAAGACUUGGGCUUGAAGUACACAUACUCACACACAACUUGUUUAAGGCCUUAUGUGUCAACAAUCAUGAUCACAUAAGCUCACAAAUUGUUUUUGUGAUGUAGAGAUCACCUCUCCAAGGGCCAGAUGGAGGAGUUGACUGCGGCCCAGGUGGCAGCCCUCCCCAAAUCCACCAUCAUCACCAGUCUGCGCUUUAUUCCCAAGACAAAUGGCAUGAGGCCUAUCACACGGUUAAAGGGAGCAGAUGUCAAUCUAGGGGUACAUUUGACGCUGAUCUCUAAGUUCUUCUGUACAAGUUCAAGACACUGUGUUAUUGCAUUUUUUUUCCUGAGUGGUAAAAUUCACUGAAUAAAAAAACUUAAAAAACCUAACCUAGACUGUUAGCUGACAUACAAACAAUAAUGUGUAGCAACAGAGUCAGAAAUAAAACUUUAAAUGCAGAAUUUUUUAAUAGUUUUUCUAAAAUAACAAAGCUUUUUACUUUCAGCACUUGAUGUGUUGUCUUGUCUUCUAUUUUAUUAAAGACGUUAAAUAAUUUGCUAACCACAUUUUCACUGCUUCCCAAUUGUUUUGAAAAUGCUGUUGUAGAUUAAUUUUAUAUUACAGAAACGAGGAAUUAUUUGUGUCUUCAUGUAAAAUUAAAAUGAUUUUCACCCAAGACAUUUUAUGACCAUGUACACGUUUUAAAGGUCCGUUCUCUCUCACCCUCACAGCGGAACAAGGGCUGUGCGCAGGACUUGUUACACGUGCUGAAGGCCUGUGUGAGGUCCCGUCCAUCCCUCCUGGGCUCCACAGUUUGGGGGGAGGCAGAUAUCCACAAGAAGUUGGUCUCUAUAGCUCCAGCCCAGAAGGAAAAGCUACAGGACCUCUACUUUGUCAAAGUAGAUUUUUUUAUUACUUGUUUUGAUAUGUUUUUGUCAGCAUUAAUCAUGUAAACAGAGGUUAUCAAAAGGCUUCACUUUAAAAUGAGACUUUUUUUUUGUCAUUUUUUAUAUCUAAGGUGGAUGUAAAAGGAGCUUUUGAGAGUCUGCCUCAUCACAAGCUCAUUGAGGUGGUUGGUAAAGCUUUUUCCCCUUUCCAAGAUAAAUCUGUCAUCAACCGCCACUAUGCCAAGGUCUGGUCUAAUUCCUACGAGGGCCUGAAAAAGUCCUUCAUCAAACAGGUACCGUCACUCACACUGAAUGUGUGCAUUAAAACAAUAAAAAAACAGCAUUAAUUUGUCAAGUGUGUUAAUACAGGCAGAUAUCAUGGAGGGUGACAUACGACCCAGCAACAUGAAAGGCUUUGUGAUGUCAAUGCAAGAAAGCGGCAAACUUCAGCACAGCAUUCUGGUGGAGCAGGUGAGAGUGGCCUGCUCAGAGCUCUCCCUUAGAUGAGGAGUCCUAUUUCUUCUUCUUAUACCUGACCAUGUCAUUUUUUGGUCUUACCUUCAGCGUUUCAGCUUAGAUCUGCGUGUCGGGGAGAAGACGCCGCUCCUCACUCAAAUGCUAACCGGCAGUGUUGUUAAGUUUGGGGAAAAGUAAGCAUUAUUCACACUAUCGGAUAAGUAAUGUUCUUCUUACUAUUAAUAUACUGUCAAAUGAGUAGUUUGUCCAAUUUUGCUAAAGCUUUGAGUGUUAUGUUUUUAGACAACAUCAUAAUAAGAAUUCAUAUAUGUGUGUGUUUUCAGAACAUAUCGACAAUGCAGAGGGAUCCCUCAGGGCUCUGCUGUGUCCCAUAUGCUCUGCUGUCUGAUCUAUGGUCAUUUGGAGAACACUCUGUUUAAAGGCAUCCCAAAAGAGGAAGGGUAAAGAAGACAUCCAUGUAUUUUACUCAACUUUCAUAUGAUAUGUAGUAACAUGUCUGCAGCAGCAGGGGGCAGUAUUUCAUAUGAAAGCAUUUCUCUGUUUACUGUUUGAGGUAUGUACCUGUCUUUGUUUCCUGUAGAUGCUUAAUGAGACAAGUGGAUGACUUUCUCCUGAUAACUCCAGACAUUAAAGAAGCUCUAAACUUUCUCAGGUAUGACACACGGCAAGUUUUUAAUCACCUUACAAGAAUACUACAAGAGCUCUCAACCAACUUGUAUGAGUGUUUGAUAGCUUUUGAAAAUCCAUUGUCCACAUCAUCAGGAACUAGACUUAUGAAAAGAAAAACAGAGGUGCAUCAUAACUAAAGAAAAGUUAUCCCAGAGAUUCAGGUUCCUGUGAGAAGUCUUGAGCUGGUCAUGAAAGAAAGAGAAAUUCAAUCUAAUGCUUGUGUUUGAGCCACAAGAGAAAUUAGACCAUGAGAGAGUGGACUGAUUUUUUUUCUGUUAGGUGAAAAGCAGUGAAAGCCAAAAUGUCCUGCUUUGUCUGUAGGGGUCACCAAAACUGACACAACUUUCAAGUUCCUUCCUGGAGCAGCAAUAAGCAGUGAAACCAUAAUCACCAGAUGCAGUGAAGUUAAAAUAAACUUUGACUUAUGUGAGCCUCCGCACAGUCAGUUAUACAAAUCUAGCUUAAAAGUGAUAUGACUUAAUCCACUGAAGAAGAAUAAAUGCUGCAUGUAAAUGAAGAGAAAGAGAACAGCUUUAGAGAACUGAAAAAGCAGUUUAGGAUGAACUGUUUCUUAAAGCUCCUGUAAGUAACUUAAUGUCAGUUUUGGGGCACCCUGUUGACAAAGCAGGCUUUGCUUCACUUGUUCUCUACAUGCUUAAAUAGUGUUGUCUCUGACACAAAAAAGUCACACUGUUGUGAUUUUUGACAGUCUAAUUUAUCCUUUGUCUUUUUAAAUGUGAACAUUAUAAAAACCGAGCUGGUUCUCAGCCACUCAGCUGACACCUACCCUCUUGCACUGGUUUCAGGGAUCAAAAAUUGUAGCAUUAAACUCAUUAAUCUUGUUGCUGAUUGUCCUAUUUGAUUGAUCCUCACAGUAGCUGUAAAUGCGGUACAUUGAGGUAAAGCACAUCAAGCUGACUAAUGUGAUAUGAUACCCAGAACUCUAGAUGUGACGUUUACGGACGAGUCAGUCGUUUGAACAGCUCUUUUAAAGAGCUGUUCUCAUAAAAUUGCCCACGCUGCCUUCAUGUGUCACUUGUGUGCCCCAAACACCAGGUAGGGUAGUAAAACUUGCGUUCACAUUUUUAUCAUGUCUGAAUUUUUAUCAGUUAUCUGUAGCCUUUUGAACCGCUCUUUGACGGGAACUGCUCCUCAAGAUCUGGCUCUUUUCAAAGAACCAUAAAUCCUAUCUCUACUAAGACAAAAAAAAACAGCUUUGGUGUAUUGUUUUACACAAUACACAACACUUAAAUCAAGAAUGCUAACUAUAUCCCUUUGAAACUAAAACCUAACACUAAUCUGUCUCUGUUUCUCUGCCAUAUCCACUGGUUUGGGAAAUGACAAACCUUUACAGAAACGCCGAAUGUGAAGCUGAAUCUUAAAUUUCUUUUCCACUGCAGGAAACUUCAGGAAAAAACUUCCUGGCAAAUAUAAAGUAGUUGCAAUAAACAAGCUAUGAAGAGAUAAAGAAUGUACUCUGUGUCAAGAUGUACAAUUUUGCUAGAUGACAUAACUAGAUUAAAGAUUCACCUGGGAAAAUUACCAAAAAAGAAUCUGACUAACUUCCUGUUAUGGGGCUGGAUCUCAGCCAAAAGGAAACUGGGCAGGAUUAACGAAAGAUGUGCUUGGACUCAUUCUCACGAAAGCUAAAUAUCUAAAAAGGAAAAACACCAUCCCUGUCAAAAGCACCACUGUCACUGCAUGGCUGGUGUAAAACCUGCUAUAUAAUUUGAUAAAGUGAUAUGACUUGUAACUUAAAAUAUUGAUUACUAGCAUUAUUUAACUUUAGCAGUGUAUCAAAACGGAAAAUAAAAGAAAAAUAAUAGAAUUACAAGUUGACUCUGUUGUGAUUCGGUUGUUCGUUGGCUGGGGCUUGAGGUCUUUGUUGUCAUUCUCAAAAAGAUAUUCGCUGUAACUCACAGUUUUUGCUCUGUGGCCCUCUUGCUGUCAAAGUUCACGUCCCUGUAUUACCACUCAUGGUGCUGUAUUCUUUAUCAGUGGACAAAAUGUGGAGAGACUGAUUUAACACGUCAUCAACAUCAGCAUGGUUUUUGAUUCAGCUGUGGAUUCUAUCUGUUUGUCUGUUACUCAGGGUCAUGCUGGCUGGGGUACCACAGUAUGGCCUGGUGGUCAACCCACAGAAAGUGGCGGUCAACUUCCAUUUGCCAGAAUGCGGCGGCCCUUUUGCUGACAUCAACGUACUGCCGUUACGCUGUCUUUUUCCCUGGUGUGGACUGCUGAUCGACACCCACACACUUGAUGUCUACAGAGACUAUUCCAGGUGAUGUACCCUCUCAGCUAAGAUCACACUGUGGGGUUGUUACAUGACAACUUAUCAAACUUUUGGCAUCCUUUAUGGUUUCCUGUAACUUAAGUGAGCCAGCCCCUGCACUUUGUACCUACUUGUAAACACUCCUGGAGACACUGACCUGUCUGACAUGUAUGAUUCAUACACUUGUUAAGUACACAUUAAACAUGGCACCUGCUGUUAUCUUGAAAGUUCACUUUUUAUAGUUUUUUAUUCUUCUUGUUCUCUCAGCUAUGCGGGCACUUCUUUGCGCUACAGCCUCACCUUGGGAUCUUCCCGAUCACCUGGACAGCAAAUGAAGAGGAAACUGAUGGCUGUCCUCAGACUCAAGUUCAGCGUUUUGUUGUUGGACCUGAAGGUCAGAUAUCAUGACAUUACCCUCUUAAAAUAAUGGCCUAAGUCAAUGAUCAAGUGUUUCAGAAAUUUUUCUGAUACUCUCAGAAAAUGGCUUAAAGGGAUAUUCCGGCAUAAAAUUAAUGAAAAGUCAAAUUAGCCACACAAACCUCAACCAAAACGCCACUCUAUAGCCACAAAUAAUGCUCAGAACAGCACCUAACUUCAUCAACAGUACAUAUAGGGUCCAAGCCAUAGUACUAGCCACCAAACAUCUUUUUAACUUUGCCUUAUUUCUUUAGUCCAUUACAGACUGCUGAGGGGUGACGCAGCUCAAGGAAGAACAUUUAUGAUCAUUACUUUAUCAUUUCCUUGAAGUAAUAACCAUCAUGAUAAUCAUUUUGCACUGCAGACACGGUAGUUCUUCUGCCUUAGCUUCUCUGUCUGAUUGCAUUUCCAUGAAGAAAUGAUCAUAAAUGUUCUUCCUUGAGCUGCGUCACCCCACAGCAGUCUGUAAUGGACUGGCCUGAGGUCUCACUACAAACAAGCGGCUGCUGGAAGAGAGUAUGUGAGUUGUGUUUAGUCUCUUUGCUAAAGAAAUUAGUCAAAGUUAAAAAGAUGUUUGGUGGCUAGUGCUAUGGCUGGGACCCUAUAUGUACUGUUGAUGAAGUUAGAUGCUGUUCUGAGCAUUAUUUGUGGCUAUAGAGCGGCGUUUUGGUUGAAGUUUGUUUAACUCACACUCUUGAGUCUUUACAUAGACAGUUACACUACAAAGAGUAGUAUCACACAAUCUGUUCCAGUGAGGAUUUAGGCAAUUCUACCAGAGGUGGGCAGCAUCAUGAAGGAGUGGUUUUGUAGAAAAAAAAAGUCAUUUUUGUCAAAAAGUGACAUAGACCAUUAUACUAAGAAGGCGACCAUGAUCUGAGAAGUUCUCAUGGGCUUGUUAAUAAUGUAUCUUUCAAAAACAUAGUAAAAAUCAUUGACAAACAAUAAACUCACAAGAAAUCAGAGUUUAAUUAUUGGAAACAAGACAUGUGAAUUAAAAAAAAACCCUUGCAGUCAAUAGCUGCCAACUUAGGAGGUAAUCAGGAUAGCUUUUCCUUGUUUUGUGGACAAAAGACAAAAACAUUUUUAACUAGUCUCUCCAUACGGCAAGUCAAGAGUCCAAUAAUAAUGAAUUUAAUGAAUUUCUCUUCUAGGAAAAAAGUUCUUGUUUUUAUUGUACAAAAUGAAUGACAUUUUUAGCCUAUCUGUCAGCAUAGCUCUCAGUGUUGGUUUGUUGUCAGUUUGUUCUGACUGAAUUACAUCCAGAAAUACAUCACACAUUACCAUCAGACUCGUGUAAACAUUAAUUAUUUCCAGGCUUUCAACUGUAAUGACUGGUGAGCCUUCUGCUCAAAGGGGGGGUUAAUAUAAGGUUAAAUUUUGAUUUAUUCAAACAUCUAAUCAUUACUGUCUGUUUCUUAUGAUGAGACACGUAAAAUCUCUGUCUCUGUUGAACUCACGCUUCAUCUCACUAAACAGACAUUAUACUGGUACAGUUGCUUCAGAUCUAUGUCACCUUAACAGACUGAACAUUCCAGACUGAAAGAUUUAGGAGCACGUCAAGUAAGCGAUCCAACGACAAGGCAAACCUCGUCUCCUUUUUUUUGAAAGAGGCUCCCGGGUCGUUUAUAUGUCCAAUCAGCUGGAUGACGAAUAUAAAUCAACUGUAUCCCAAUUAAAAAGCUUCCUCCCUCGAAGUAGUCGUAGUAGUCUGACACCUGAGCCUGCACUUUCUCACUUUCUCUCACAAAUUAUACAGACAGAUGGCAUUUAUUAACAAGUAGCUUAAAAAGUAUCCAUGGCGACAAGACGGAAUGUUCCCUAAUGGAACUAAGAGGUGAGAAACUGUUGUAAACUUGUCAGGUUUCACAAUUACUGGUUUAACAAGCCAUGACAUGUAGAAUAACGGGUAUAUGAUGCAGCCGAAUGCAUUGAAGAGGUGCUUUAGCUUUGGUUUGUGCCAUAUGGUGUAUUUAUUGAUUGAUUAAUUUUCCUCCUUAGAUGAACUCUGUCGAGGCAGUCUACAAGAACCUCUACAAGCUGGUGCUGCUUCAUGCGCACAGGUAAAGAGAGGACUCAUUUAAGACCGUUUUCUUAAUCAUUAAGCUUAAUGUUUGUUCUGCGUUCUGUUAAUAUGUUAUGGCUUAUCUUGAUUUAAAUAAAUUACACAGGCACCAUUAUCCACAACAAACUCAAUUUCCUUAUAGGUUCCAUGUGUGCGCUCGGAGUUUGCCCUUUGGUAUGACGGUUGCCAAGAACCCCAUGUACUUCCUGCAGAUGAUAUGGGACAUGGCAGAGUAUGCGAACCACAUCAUCAGGAGAGACAACAAAGGCAUCAAUUCCUUUUUAAAAAAACACAGAAUUUUCUUUUAAAUUCCAUAAUUUUUUUUUCUUGUCCCUAUUUAAUUCUCUCUUUUCUUUGAUCCAGAAUUGGAUUUGGGCAACAAAGCCCAGACUGGCGUUUUGCAGUUCGAAGCAGUGGAGCUACUGUUCUGUCUCUCCUUCUUGGUGGUGCUGUCCAAACACCGUGCUCUUUACAAAGGUCUCCUCCCGCACCUUCGCAAACGUACGUAACCCCAGAGAGGGAUUAGGUUUAGAUAUAACCAUAAAAUCUCAUCUAGGACUGGAACUACAUGAUGUUUCAAAACAGGAGUCCAUUUAUUGCAAACAUGAUUAGUUGAUACAUUUUUAAGUUACUAUAAAGGAGAAAAAAAGAUGUCUUCUGCUGUCAUCCUCUUGACAGGGAAACGCAGUCUAGAGCACCGUUUGGGAGACCUAAGGCUGGCCAGGGUCCGGCAGGCGUCCACUCCAAGGAUCCCAGCUGAUUUCAUGGCCAUUCAGGUGUGGACCAACAGCUUGUUCAAAAUACAUCUUUCAGCAUUAGCUCAAAAAUCUCUUUGGCUAGAAGAUAUAGGUUAAAAGGUCUGUCUAGUUAAGCUCUGCUGGGUCAUUAGUUUUAACGUUUUUAGAUCUAUCUCUCAAAAAUCCAUUAAAAUGCACUCAUUUUUAAGAUUAAAACUCUUUUCCACUCUUGACUCACUCUUAGGUUUGAAAGGAGUGAAACGAGCAGCAUGCUGAGGUCAGUUAUGUGGAUUAUUUCCGAUCGGUCAUGACCUGCCAGUGUUCCAGUUUUUCUCUGUUAUGCCCUGAUUGAAAUCUCUCCUUAGACAACUGCUGUAAACCACUUAAGUAAUAAACCUGACCCAUAAGCACAUCCAAUAAAACUCAAUCAUAUCAGUUAAGAUGGAUAACUAUCAUCCUGCUUCUGUUCUAGAAACUGUCCCAUCCCCGAGCUGCUUGUCUCACUGGACUUUGAUUUAUACUUCUUUUUUUUUCCAUAAAAAACAUACGUCACUUGAAGAAGAAUUUAAGUUUGAAAAGUUUGUAUUUGUGAGUUUGAAAAGAUCUUAAUGAAUCACAGGAAUCCAAACAUGUACUGCAAUGAUGAUGUGUGACAGAAAUAAGUUUAAACUGUUAAAAUGGAAGUUUUAGUUAAAUAAAGCCAUGUUUUUCACGAUUGUGUUGAACCAAUUCUCUCAAUAUGCCUAGUAAACAAGACCUAUCAAAGAAACAAGAGUAUAAAGGGGAAAUAAAUACAGUAAUUCAUCAAGUCAGAGCCUGAUAAAAGUAUACACCAAGUAGAAUCGGUGCGCUUCUAUUACAGUACCAUAAAAAUUAUCUGUCAGCUCCCCGAAAUCCGUAAAAUCCCAAAGAUUUUGGGGCACCAUGAAAAAAAGUCUUUUCUCUUUCAGAAACACUUUCAGCGGCACUCAAGCUUCCCGAUGUUUGGGUUCUUGUGGUUCAAUCUCAAAGGCGUCAUUAGUGUAGGGGUUUGGGUCACUGCGAGCCGAAGUCGAAGUCUUUCCCAUUGCUCUUGAGAUCAGUCUGCAAAGUGCCACCAAAGGGAUGGGAACCACAGGGACAACACAGAGAAGGAUGAUGAUGGCAAAUACCCAGUUAGGGUAAAACAGCGUUUCAUUGCCAGGGAAGGGUUCCUUGAAAAAUGGACAGAGGAAACAGUAAAUACAUUUGGAUUUAAAAAUACAUUUGUAAACACUAGUUGGAGAAUAUCACUGUUUGCCUUGAAUAUACUGUAUACUGCAAGAGCCAACAAGCUCUUGGCUUGGCAUGGUAACCAAAAGACAGUGUGCUUAGCUUAACUGUUUUUUACGCACAAGUAAAUAAGAGUUAGAUCUGCAGUGGACUUGACUGGACUAAAAUACACUGAAUAGUAAAAUUUAUAGAUACUGAUAGACAUAUUUGUACAAAUGCCAGAUUAACCAGAUUGUACAUUGCUUUGGACAAAAGCACCUGCUAAAUUACACAAUAUUAUAAUAGUUUUGCCUGGACAACAACAUACAACGUGGAGCAUUAACUUAAUUACACUCAGCUUUUUUGCACAACAGCAUCACAUUAUUAUAGGCCUAUGGACUCUGAAUGGAUUGUGCAGAAGCUGGAGAGUUUCAGGAGAGGUUUGCAUUGACUUGACAGAAAUUGUCUCUUUGCACACAAUCAGCUGUCAUUGUCUGGACUUGGUGCAAGUUUGAAAAAGAAAUAUGAGCUCAUUUUUUGUGUCAGUCAAGUUUUCACUCUAAAACUCCUUCCCAUUGUAAUGUCAGGUUGAAUUUUGUAUAUUCGUUUUUUGCAUCUGUCCAAGCAAACACCCAGGUAGAGAACUAGACGAACAAAAACUGCUUUGUCCACAGGGGGCACUAGAACUGGCGUAUAACAGAAAGUUCUCCUUAAAACUUCAAAUCUCUCUCUUUUCUCUAUAAUGUGGCUUAAGUAUUUAGUUGUAGUACUGCCUAUACCUUACAUAAAUUCAUCAAAUAUUAAAUCAUGUUUUAGUUUGUUUUUUUUGUUUUUUUUAAUUUUACUAUUCUUCGAAGUGCAAAAAAGGUAACUUGUAAUUCCAGUAGUGAAAACUAAGUAUUGACCAAACAUAGGUUAUUUUCAUGCAGCCUAAAGCAAUCGAAAAUCUGCAGAGCUGAAAUAUCACAGAAAAUUGAAAAUUUGUCAAAAAGAAAAAAUAAUAUAAUAUAUCUGGACUCGUACUCUGUGUGAUAUAAUCUCAUCCAAUUUAUCUAUGAAAAUAUUGACUAGGGUACCUGUAGAUAUUGCCUUUACUUUAAUGUUGGCCUUUGUGUCUACAGUACAUGAACAGAUUCCAAAUUUUACUUUUAUUGCUUACCUUAGUUGCAUUCCAUGCAGGAUAGGUUGGGUAAGUCUGUGCCUGGACAAUCACAUAGGCAACAAACACACCAAGGAGCAGCAGAGGACUGAUCACCAUCCAGCACAUCUUCCAGAAGAUGCUGGGCUUGGACCCAGUCAUGAAAUAGAUAUCCUCGCUGAAACUGUCGGUAGACAAGGAGACCAGUGAAAUCGUUCAAACAUGGCAGAACCAAUUUCAUGACUUAAAACUGUUCAUACUGAAGCUCUUACUUUUUCAUUCCAUGGACAUAAGCGACUCCAACAAUCUCAAAGAAUGCAAUGACAAGCAGAGGCACAGAGCCCACGUAGUUGUUAAAGACCUCCACCCAGUAGUUUCCUGAUUCCAGUGAGAAGAUGAGAGACAUCGCGAAGGAUACCAGGCAGACGAGCCCUGAAGGAGUGACCAAGUUUGUUUAAGAAGAGUUCAAAAGGAAAACUUCACCAAUUUAGCUUGACAAUGACUUUUGCAGAUUGGCUACCUGUUACGACUUGGUUAGGGAUCCACUUUGGAACUAGUUUUAGAUCAUAGAUCGGUGUGAGUACUCCCUCUAUGUUGCCAAACAUGGAGGAGAGGCCCAAGCUGAAGAGCAUGAUGAAGAACAACACGGCCCAUACCUGGGAGCCUGGCAUUUCAAUCACUGCCUCAGUGAACGCAAUAAAUGCCAGACCAGUACCUGAUGCACUCUGGGGAGGAAGAUGAAAGAGAGUUAAGAAAAUAGCACAUGCUUGACCUGCACAUGAUGUUCUGCACUUUGGAGAGAAAGAGGAGGCCAAAGCACAGAACAUUCAGAAUAUAGGAGAGGAGAAAUGCGAGAUGAAGUCUAAAGAGAGGAGAGUAAUAGCUCGAGUACCUCGUCGAGGUAUGUUUGCAGGUUACAGUCUAACAGGGGCAACUUGGCAAUCUCAUCCGGAUAUUUAUUCUGUAGAUACCGAAACUGAUCAUCAUAGUUCUCAAGUGUCAUGUUCUGGUCUGGAAGCUCAAAGUGGUUGGUCAGAGUCAGGAUGUUACUGGAGAGGGGAUACAAAUGAAAUACCUCAUUAUAAUCCCAAAAGAAAAAAAGCUUAAGGAACAACAUGGAAUAUUUGUGUAAACAUACUCCUGUAGGCAGUUGUUGUAAGCAGUUCUAGCUUUGAAUCCCAAGAUGGAGAAGACUGGAAUGGAGGCAUAGAGGGAUGUGGCGCUGUUUAUUAUUCCUACCACAAGAGCAUCCCUUUCACAGUUGUUUCUAGAAAAUGAAUGACAGAAAAAACAGCAUUAUAAUGGCACACAAAUCAUACCAAAAUCUCCAGAGAGUGUUCAGUCCCUACCUCUCUUCGUUAUAGCUGGAGAAAGCUAUGAGGCCCCCAAAGGCUACAGAGAGAGAGAAGAAGAUCUGGGUUGCUGCAUCCAGCCACACUCGGGGAUUUUUGAGUAUUUCCCACUGCAAGAAGUACAAAGAUUUAUAGAUAGGUAAUGAGGUAAUUUUUACAUUAUCUGCAGCACCAAAAAUGGACACAACUCACAUCAGGAGUGAAGAGGUAGGUAAGUCCAUCAGUGGCACCAGGCAGAGUGAGGCCACGGAUCAGGAAAAUGGUGAGCACAAGAUACGGGAAAGUGGCCGUCACAUACACAGCCUGAAACAUGGAAACCCAGAUUUACAGCAACAGUAUUCAAUGUGAUCAUUAGGGCCCGAGCGUAGCUGCUAAGCAGCUGCGAGAGCCCUCUUGUUCCUGUAGUUUCCUUCUUUUGUUAUUAUUAUUAGGGCCCGAGCGUAGCUGCUAAGCAGCUGCGAGAGCCCUCUUGUUCCUGAUGGAUUCUUCUUUAGGGCCCGAGCGUAGCUGCUAAGCAGCUGCGAGAGCCCUCUUGUUCCUGUAGUUUCCUUCUUUUGUUAUUAUUAUUAUUAGGGCCCGAGCGUAGCUGCUAAGCAGCUGCGAGAGCCCUCUUGUUCCUGUAGUUUCCUUCUUUUGUUAUUAUUAGGGCCCGAGCGUAGCUGCUAAGCAGCUGCGAGAGCCCUCUUGUUCCUGUAGUUUCCUUCUUUUGUUAUUAUUAUUAUUAUUAUUAUUUUUCCUCCCCUUUGAACUGGAAAAUGGCCCACUUCCCACUGGCGAAAACUCAUGAAAUUUGGCAGGACGACCGGGCCUGGUGAAAAAUUUGAUAUUCCGAAGUCGCCCAAACAAGAAAAUGCAAAAUGGCUCCAUAGCGCCCCCUAAGGUGAAAAUUCACACUAUUGACUGUCACGCCGGUACGCUUUGUCAAAAUGACACAAAAAUUGACACACACAUGUAUCUCAAUAAGAUCUACAAAAAAGUCAGUGCGGGCGUAUCUGUCAAAUGUACGGUUAAAGGGUUAUUUCGCAUUUUUUGCCGAUCCGCACACAUUGGAAUUUCGCUAACUCCUCCGAAGGCUUCCUUUUCACCGGCACCACAUUUGCUCAGGCCAAUCUACACCCCAUGGCCAUUAAAAGUUAUUCAAAUCAUGACGCUGCACCCCACGGUUUAGGUUCUAGGGGGCGCCAAAGAUAACCCUAAGAUCCACAUAUUUAAAAGUCUUAUAACUUUUUAUUUUUGCCCUCACUGGCCUCCAAGUUUUCUAGGAUGAUGCAAUGUCCAGCCAUCAACACAUUUGUGAAGGAAUUUUUACUCCCCAAAAGAGCGCCCCCCCAUGGCAGGAGAAAAAAGUCCAUUUUUUCUUGUCCCAUAAGGUGAAAAUUCACACUAUUGACUGUCACGCCUGUACGCUUUGUCAAAAUUACACAAAAAUUGACACACACAUGUAUCUCAAUAAGAUCUACAAAAAAGUCAGUGCGGGCGUAUCUGUCAAAUGUACGGUUAAAGGGUUAUUGCGCAUUUUUUGCCGAUCCGCACACAUUGGAAUUUGGCUAACUCCUCCGAAGGCUUUCGUUCCACCGGCACCACAUUUGCUCAGGCCAAUCUACACCCCAUGGCCAUUAAAAGUUAUUCAAAUCAUGACGCUGCACCCCACGGUUUAGGUUCUAGGGGGCGCCAAAGAUAACCCUAAAAUCCACAUAUUUAAAAGUCUUAUAACUUUUUAUUUUUGUCCUCUCUGGCCUCCAAGUUUUCUAGGAUGAUGCAAUGUCCAGCCAUCAACACAUUUGUGAAGGAAUUUUUACUCCCCAAAAGAGCGCCCCCCCAUGGCAGGAGAAAAAAGGCAAUUUUUUCUUGUCCCAUAAGGUGAAAAUACACAUUGUUGACUGUCAUACCUGUAUGCUUUGUCAUAUUGACACAAAAUUUGACACACACAUGUAUCUCAAUAAGAUCUACGAAAAAGUCAAUGCGCGCGUAUCUGUAAAAUGUACGGUUAAAGGGCUAUUUUGCAUUUUUUGCCGAUUAGCACACAUUGGAAUGUGGCUAACUCCUCCUAAGGCUUUCGUCCCACUGACACCAAAUUUGCUCAGGCCAAUCUACACCCCAUGGCCAUUCAAAGUUUUAAAAAUCAUGACGCUGCACCCCACGGUUUACGUUCUAGGGGGCGCCAAAGAUGACCCAAAUAUCCACAUUCUUAAAAGAAUCCACCCCCCCCCCCAUCCCCCAUCCCCCAUGGCAGGAGAAUAAAGUCAAGUUUUUCCUGCCCAUCACUCAAUGGCUCAAUCGCAUCGCUCUCCCUGCAACACCGUAACGAGGAGCAACUUGCCGUUUGGAUAUAUCCUAGCUGUGUUUGUGCCCUCACUCAUGGUCCAGACUUUUUUCAAAUAGGACAUGUAGUUUGUCUGCAGCGAGUGUUUUGGUAGAAACUGCGCCUCCCAUUCAUUAUAAUGGGAAAUGACCACAGACAAGUGCGCACACCAUCUUUGGACCUUGAGUGUGACGCGAUCGGGAGGGGAGGCGGUCGCACUGGGGUCGGCGCAACGCGGCUCGGGCCCGCCAGUGCCCCAACGGGGCCCUAGUGUUAUUAUUAUUAUUAUUUUUCCUCCCCUUUGAACUGGAAAAUGGCCCACUUCCCACUGGCGAAAACUCAUGAAAUUUGGCAGGACGACCGGGCCUGGUGAAAAAUUUGAUAUUCCGAAGUCGCCCAAACAAGAAAAUGCAAAAUGGCUCCAUAGCGCCCCCUAAGGUGAAAAUUCACACUAUUGACUGUCACGCCGGUACGCUUUGUCAAAAUGACACAAAAAUUGACACACACAUGUAUCUCAAUAAGAUCUACAAAAAAGUCAGUGCGGGCGUAUCUGUCAAAUGUACGGUUAAAGGGUUAUUUCGCAUUUUUUGCCGAUCCGCACACAUUGGAAUUUCGCUAACUCCUCCGAAGGCUUUCGUUCCACCGGCACCACAUUUGCUCAGGCCAAUCUACACCCCAUGGCCAUUAAAAGUUAUUCAAAUCAUGACGCUGCACCCCACGGUUUAGGUUCUAGGGGGCGCCAAAGAUAACCCUAAGAUCCACAUAUUUAAAAGUCUUAUAACUUUUUAUUUUUGCCCUCACUGGCCUCCAAGUUUUCUAGGAUGAUGCAAUGUCCAGCCAUCAACACAUUUGUGAAGGAAUUUUUACUCCCCAAAAGAGCGCCCCCCCAUGGCAGGAGAAAAAAGUCCAUUUUUUCUUGUCCCCUAAGGUGAAAAUACACAUUGUUGAGUGUAACACCUGUACGCUUUGGCAAAAUGACACAAAAAUUGACACACACAUGUAUCUCAAUAAGAUCUACGAAAAAGUCAAUGCGCGCGUAUCUGUCAAAUGUACGGUUAAAGGGUUAUUCCGCAUUUUUUGCCGAUCCGCACACAUUGGAAUUUCGCUAACUCCUCCGAAGGCUUUCGUUCCACCGGCACCACAUUUGCUCAGGCCAAUCUACACCCCAUGGCCAUUAAAAGUUAUUCAAAUCAUGACGCUGCACCCCACGGUUUAGGUUCUAGGGGGAGCCAAAGAUAACCGUAAAAUCCACAUAUUUAAAAGUCUUAUAACUUUUUAUUUUUGUCCCCACUGGCCUCCAAGUUUUCUAGGAUGAUGCAAUGUCCAGCCAUCAACACAUUUGUGAAGGAAUUUUUACUCCCCAAAAGAGCCCCCCCCAUGGCAGGAGAAAAAAGUCAAUUUUUUCUUGUCCACUAAGGUGAAAAUACACAUUGUUGAGUGCUACGCCUGUAUGUUUUGUCGUAUUGACACAAAAUUUUACAUACACGUGUAUUUCAAUAAGAUCUUCGAAAAAGUCAAUGGCCACGUAUCUGUAAAAUGUACGGUUAAAGGGUUAUUUCGCAUUUUUUGCAGAUUCGCACACAUUGGAAUUUCGCUAAUUCCUCCGAAGGCUUUCGUUCCACCGGCACCACAUUUGCUCAGGCCAAUCUACACCCCAUGGCCAUUAAAAGUUAUUCAAAUCAUGACGCUGCACCCCACGGUUUAGGUUCUAGGGGGCGCCAAAGAUAACCCUAAGAUCCACAUAUUUAAAAGUCUUAUAACUUUUUAUUUUUGUCCUCACUGGCCUCCAUGUUUUCUAGGAUGAUGCAAUGUCCAGCCAUCAACACAUUUGUGAAGGAGUUUUUUCUCUUUAAAAGAGCGCCCCCCCAUGGCAGGAGAAUAAAGUCAAGUUUUUCCUGUUCAUCAUUCAAUGGCUCAAACGCACUGCUCUCUCGGCAAAAGCGAAAGGAGGAGCAACUUGCCAUUUGGAUAUAUCUUAGCUGUGUUUGUGCCCUCACUCAUGGUCCAGACUUUUUUCAAAUAGGACAUGGAGUUUUUCUGCAGCGAGCGUUUUGGUAGAAACUGCGCCUCCCGUUCAUUAUAAUGGUAAAUGACCACAAACAAGUGCGCACACCAUCUUUGGACCUUGAGUGUGACGCGAUCGGGUGGGGGAGGCGGUCGCGCUGGGGGCGGCAUGACACGGCUCGGGCCCGCCAGUGCCCCAACGGGGCCCUAGUUAUUAUUUUUCCUCCCCUUUGAACUGGAAAAUGGCCCACUUCCCACUGGCGAAAACUCAUGAAAUUUGGCAGGACGACCGGGCCUGGUGAAAAAUUUGAUAUUCCGAAGUCGCCCAAACAAGAAAAUGCAAAAUGGCUCCAUAGCGCCCCCUAAGGUGAAAAUUCACACUAUUCACUGUCACGCCGGUACGCUUUGUCAAAAUGACACAAAAAUUGACACACACAUGUAUCUCAAUAAGAUCUACAAAAAAGUCAGUGCGGGCGUAUCUGUCAAAUGUACGGUUAAAGGGUUAUUUCGCAUUUUUUGCCGAUCCGCACACAUUGGAAUUUCGCUAACUCCUCCGAAGGCUUUCGUUCCACCGGCACCACAUUUGCUCAGGCCAAUCUACACCCCAUGGCCAUUAAAAGUUAUUCAAAUCAUGACGCUGCACCCCAUGGUUUAGGUUCUAGGGGGCGCCAAAGAUAACCCUAAGAUCCACAUAUUUAAAAGUCUUAUAACUUUUUAUUUUUGCCCUCACUGGCCUCCAAGUUUUCUAGGAUGAUGCAAUGUCCAGCCAUCAACACAUUUGUGAAGGAAUUUUUACUCCCCAAAAGAGCGCUCCCCGAUGGCAGGAGAAAAAAGUCCAUUUUUUCUUGUCCCCUAAGGUGAAAAUACACAUUGUUGAGUGUCACGCCUAUACGCUUUGUCAAAAUGACACAAAAAUUGACACACACAUGUAACUCAAUAAGAUCUACGAAAAAGUCAAUGCGUGCGUAUCUGUCAAAUGUACGGUUAAAGGGUUAUUCCGCAUUUUUUGCCGAUCCGCACACAUUGGAAUUUCGCUAACUCCUCCGAAGGCUUUCGUUCCACCGGCACCACAUUUGCUCAGGCCAAUCUACACCCCAUGGCCAUUAAAAGUUAUUCAAAUCAUGACGCUGCACCCCACGGUUUAGGUUCUAGGGGGCGCCAAAGACAACCCUAAAAUCCACAUAUUUAAAAGUCUUAUAACUUUUUAUUUUUGUCCUCACUGGCCUCCAAGUUUUCUAGGAUGAUGCAAUGUCCAGCCAUCAACACAUUUGUGAAGGAAUUUUUACUCCCCAAAAGAGCGCCCCCCCAUGGCAGGAGAAAAAAGUCCAUUUUUUCUUGUCCCCUUACAUAAAAAUACACAUUGUUGAGUGUCACGCCUGAACGCUUUGUCAUAUUGACACAAAAAUUGACAAUCAUGUGUAUCUCAAUUAGAUCUACGAAAAAGUCAAAGAGCGCGUAUCUGUAUAAUGUACGGUUAAAGGGCUAUUUUGCAUUUUUUGCCGAUUCGCACACAUUGGAAUGUGGCUAUCUCCUCCUAAGGCUUUCGUCCCACCGAUACCAAAUUUGCUCAGGGCAAUCUACACCCCAUGCCCAUUCAAAGUUGUAAAAAUCAUGACGCUGCACCCCACGGUUUACGUUCUAGGGGGCGCCAAAGAUGACCCAAAAAUCCACAUUCUUAAAAGUCAUUUUGGCCACUGCAGGAGUACAGAGUACUGCAGUUCUAGGGGGCGCCAAAGAUGACCCAAAAAUCCACAUUCUUAAAAGUCUUUUUGGCCACUGCAGGAGUACAGAGUACUGCAGGAUACACACACAUAUACACACACGCCAACACACGCACACACACACACACACACACACACACACACACACACACUCAGAGUCUGUUUUUUAGCACCUGCAAAAACAUGCUGUUUACAUAUUUGACAAGAAUGCAGAGGCUUCCUUUUGCCCCUGAAAAAAAUCAAAUUUCAAACACAACUUGACUGUUCAUUUCUCCAAAAGACAACCAUGAAGCUCCAUCCAAACCUGAAGCAGAUAGUUGGUGCAUGUGUACAGUAACCUGAGGGGAGUGAGGUGACUAUUUCUGAGGAGAACAUGAGCAGUGAAGAUUCACCUUGGAGCUAGAACAGGGACGUGCACAUGAUUAUACAGGGGCAGGGGCUCAAGUUUUUUCCAGUCAUUUAUACAAUAUGGAAAUUAAUGUGAAAUUAAAAAACAAAGUAUUAAUAGAAAGGUUAUGACUGUCCUGUGUAGAUGACAGUGAUAUCCAAUAGGCUAGGCACUCACGAGGCUGGCUGUGGCAAGUGUAAGUGAAAGCAACACGCACUGGCAGGAAGAACAGCAAACGCCGAUGAAGGAAAGGGUCUUUGCAGUGAUGGGCGUUACCAGAGAGGACGAUGGCCAGAGGACGCGAAUGGGACGGGGAGGCAGCGCGUUGGGGGGGGCAGCGCGACAUGGCUCGGGCCCGCCAGUGCCCCAACGGGGCCCUAGUUAUUAUUUUUCCUCCCCUUUGAACUGGAAAAUGGCCCACUUCCCACUGGCGAAAACUCAUGAAAUUUGGCAGGACGACCGGGCCUGGUGAAAAAUUUGAUAUUCCGAAGUCGCCCAAACAAGAAAAUGCAAAAUGGCUCCAUAGCGCCCCCUAAGGUGAAAAUUCACACUAUUGACUGUCACGCCUGUACGCUUUGUCAAAAUGACACAAAAAUUGACACACACAUGUAUCUCAAUAAGAUCUACAAAAAAGUCAGUGCGGGCGUAUCUGUCAAAUGUACGGUUAAAGGGUUAUUUCGCAUUUUUUGCCGAUCCGCACACAUUGGAAUUUCGCUAACUCCUCCGAAGGCUUUCGUUCCACCGGCACCACAUUUGCUCAGGCCAAUCUACACCCCAUGGCCAUUAAAAGUUAUUCAAAUCAUGACGCUGCACCCCACGGUUUAGGUUCUAGGGGGCGCCAAAGAUAACCCUAAGAUCCACAUAUUUAAAAGUCUUAUAACUUUUUAUUUUUGCCCUCACUGGCCUCCAAGUUUUCUAGGAUGAUGCAAUGUCCAGCCAUCAACACAUUUGUGAAGGAAUUUUUACUCCCCAAAAGAGCGCCCCCCCAUGGCAGGAGAAAAAAGUCCAUUUUUUCUUGUCCCCUAAGGUGAAAAUACACAUUGUUGAGUGUAACACCUGUAGGCUUUGGCAAAAUGACACCAAAAUUGACACACACAUGUAUCUCAAUAAGAUCUACAAAAAAGUCAAUGCGCACGUAUCUGUCAAAUGUACGGUUAAAGGGUUAUUCCGCAUUUUUUGCCGAUCCGCACACAUUGGAAUUUCGCUAACUCCUCCGAAGGCUUUCGUUCCACCGGCACCACAUUUUCUCAGGCCAAUCUACACCCCAUGGCCAUUAAAAGUUAUUCAAAUCAUGAUGCUGCACCCCACGGUUUAGGUUCUAGGGGGCGCCAAAGAUAACCGUAAAAUCCACAUAUUUAAAAGUCUUAUAACUUUUUAUUUUUGUCCCCACUGGCCUCCAAGUUUUCUAGGAUGAUGCAAUGUCCAGCCAUCAACACAUUUGUGAAGGAAUUUUUACUCGCCAAAAGAGCGCCCCCCAUGGCAGGAGAAAAAAGUCCAUUUUUUCUUGUCCACUAAUGUGAAAAUACACAUUGUUGAGUGCUACGCCUGUAUGUUUUGUCGUAUUGACACAAAAUUUUACAUACACGUGUCUUUCAAUAAGAUCUUCGAAAAAGUCAAUGGCCACGUAUCUGUAAAAUGUACGGUUAAAGGGUUAUUUCGCAUUUUUUGCAGAUUCGCACACAUUGGAAUUUAGCUAACUCCUCCGAAGGCUUUCGUUCCACCGGCACCACAUUUGCUCAGGCCAAUCUACACCCCAUGGCCAUUAAAAGUUAUUCAAAUCAUGACGCUGCACCCCACGGUUUAGGUUCUAGGGGGCGCCAAAGAUAACCCUAAAAUCCACAUAUUUAAAAGUCUUAUAACUUUUUAUUUUUGUCCUCACUGGCCUCCAUGUUUUCUAGGAUGAUGCAAUGUCCAGCCAUCAACACAUUUGUGAAGGAGUUUUUUCUCGUUAAAAGAGCGCCCCCCCAUGGCAGGAGAAUAAAGUCAAGUUUUUCCUGUUCAUCAUUCAAUGGCUCAAACGCACUGCUCUCUCGGCAAAAGCGAAAGGAGGAGCAACUUGCCAUUUGGAUAUAUCUUAGCUGUGUUUGUGCCCUCACUCAUGGUCCAGACUUUUUUCAAAUAGGACAUGGAGUUUUUCUGCAGCGAGCGUUUUGGUAGAAACUGCGCCUCCCGUUCAUUAUAAUGGUAAAUGACCACAAACAAGUGCGCACACCAUCUUUGGACCUUGAGUGUGACGCGCUCGGGUGGGGGAGGUGGUCGCGCUGGGGGCGGCGUGACACGGCUCGGGCCCGCCAGUGCCCCAACGGGGCCCUAGUUCGUUAUUUUUCCUCCGCUUUAAACUGGAAAAUGGCCCACUUCCCACUGGUGAAAACUCAGGAAAUUUGGCAGGACGACCGGGCCUGGUGAAAAAUUCGAUAUUCUGAAGUCGCCCAAACAAAAAAAUGAAAAAUGGCUCCAUAGCGCCCCCUAUGGUGAAAACUCACCUGACGCCUGUACGCUUUGUCAAAAUGACACAAAAUUUGACACACAUGUGUAUCUCAAUAACAUCUACAAAAAAGUCAGUGUGGGCGUAUCUGUCAAAUGUACCGUUAAAGGGCUAUUUCGCAUUUUUUGCCGAUCCGCACACAUUGGAAUUUCGCUAACUCCUCCGAAGGCUUUCGUUCCACCGGCAACAAAUUUGCUCAGGACAAUCUACACCCCAUGGCCAUUAAAAGUUGUACAAAUCAUGACGCUGCACCCCACGGUUUACAUUCUAGGGGGCGCCAAAGAUAACCCAAAAAUCCACAGUCUUAAAAGUCUUAUAACUUUUUAUUUUUGUCCUCACUGGCCUCCAAGUUUUCUAGGAUGAUGCAAUGUCCAGCCAUCAACACAUUUGUGAAGAAAUUUUUACUCCCCAAAAGAGCGCCCCCCCAUGGCAGGAGAAAAAAGUCCAUUUUUUCUUGUCCCGUAAGGUGAAAAUACACAUUGUUGAGUGUCACGCCUGAACGCUUUGUCAUAUUGACACAAAAUUUGACACACACGUGUAUCUCAAUAAGAUCUACGAAAAAGUCAGAGAGCACGUAUCUGUAUAAUGUACGGUUAAAGGGCUAUUUCGCAUUUUUUGCCGAUCCGCACACAUUGGAAUUUCGCUAACUCCUCCGAAGGCUUUCGUUCCACCGGCACCAAAUUUGCUCAGGCCAAUCUACACCCCAUGGCCAUUAAAAGUUGUACAAAUCAUGACGCUGCACCCCACGGUUUAGGUUCUAGGGGGCGCCAAAGAUAACCCAAAAAUCCACAUUCUUAAAAGUCUUAUAACUUUUUCUUUUUGUCCUCACUGGCCUCCAAGUUUUCUAGGAUGAUGCAAUGUCCAGCCAUCAACACAUUUGUGAAGGAAUUUUUACUCCCCAAAAGAGCGCCCCCCCAUGGCAGGAGAAAAAAGUCAAUUUUUUCUUGUCCCGUAAGGUGAAAAUUCACAUUGUUGAGUGUGACACCUGUACGCUUUGUCAUAUUGACACAAAAUUUGACAAUCACAUGUAUCUCAAUAAGAUCUACGAAAAAGUCAAUGGGUGCGUAUCUGUAAAAACUACGGUUAAAGGGCUAUUUUGCAUUUUUUGCCGAUUCGCACACAUUGGAAUGUGGCUAACUCCUCCUAAGGCUUUCGUCCCACUGACACCAAAUUUGCUCAGGCCAAUCUACACCCCAUGGCCAUUCAAAGUUGUAAAAAUCAUGACGCUGCACCCCACGGUUUACGUUCUAGGGGGCGCCAAAGAUGACCCAAAUAUCCACAUUCUUAAAAGAAUCCACAUCCCCCCCCCAACCCCCAUCCCCCAUGGCAGGAGAAACAGUCAAGUUUUUCCUGCCCAUCACUCAAUGGCUCAAUCGCAUCACUCUCCCGGCAACACCGUAACGAGGAGCAACUUGCCGUUUGGAUAUAUCCUAGCUGUGUUUGUGCCCUCACUCAUGGUCCAGACUUUUUUCAAAUAGGACAUGUAAUUUGUCUGCAGCGAGUGUUUUGGUAGAAACUGCGCCUCCCAUUCAUUAUAAUGGGAAAUGACCACAGACAAGUGCGCACACCAUCUUUGGACCUUGAGUGUGACGCGAUCGGGAGGGGGAGGCGGUCGCGCUGGGGGCGGCGCAACGCGGCUCGGGCCCGACAGUGCCCCACCGGGGUCCUAGUUAGGGCCCGAGCGUAGCUGCUAAGCAGCUGCGAGAGCCCUCUUGUUCCUGUAGUUUCCUUCUUUUGUUAUUAUUAGGGCCCGAGCGUAGCUGCUAAGCAGCUGCGAGAGCCCUCUUGUUCCUGCAUGUUUCCUUCUUUUGUUAUUAUUAUUAUUUUUCCUCCCCUUUAAACUGGAAAAUGGCCCACUUCCCACUGGCGAAAACUCAUGAAAUUUGGCAGGACGACCAGGCCUGGUGAAAAAUUUGAUAUUCUGAAGUCGCCCAAACAAUAAAAUGCAAAAUGGCUCCAUAGCGCCCCCUAAGGUGGAAAUUCACACUAUUGACUGUCACGCCUGUACGCUUUGUCAAAAUGACACAAAAUUUGACACACAUAUGUAUCUCAAUAAGAUCUACAAAAAAGUCAGUGCGGGCGUAUCUGUCAAAUGUACGGUUAAAGGGCUAUUUCGCAUUUUUUGGCGAUCCGUACACAUUGGAAUUUCGCUAACUCCUCCGAAGGCUUUCGUUCCACCGGCACCACAUUUGCUCAGGCCAAUCUACACCCCAUGGCCAUUAAAAGUUAUUCAAAUCAUGACGCUGCACCCCACGGUUUAGGUUCUAGGGGGCGCCAAAGAUAACCCUAAAAUCCACAUAUUUAAAAGUCUUAUAACUUUUUAUUUUUGUCCUCACUGGCCUCCAAGUUUUCUAGGAUGAUGCAAUGUCCAGCCAUCAACACAUUUGUGAAGGAAUUUUUACUCCCCAAAAGAGCGCCCCCCCAUGGCAGGAGAAAAAAGUCCAUUUUUUCUUGUCCCCUAAGGUGAAAAUACACAUUGUUGAGUGUCACGCCUCUACACUUUGUCAAAAUGACACAAAAUUUGGCACACAGGUGUAUCUCAAUAAGAUCUACGAAAAAGUCAAUGCGGGCGUAUCUGUCAAAUGUACGGUUAAAGGGCUAUUUCGCAUUUUUUGGCGAUCCGUACACAUUGGAAUUUCGCUAACUCCUCCGAAGGCUUUUGUUCCACCGGCACCACAUUUGCUCAGGCCAAUCUACACCCCAUGGCCAUUAAAAGUUAUUCAAAUCAUGACGCUGCACCCCACGGUUUAGGUUCUAGGGGGCGCCAAAGAUAACCCUAAAAUCCACAUAUUUAAAAGUCUUAUAACUUUUUAUUUUUGUCCUCACUGGCCUCCAAGUUUUCUAGGAUGAUGCAAUGUCCAGCCAUCAACACAUUUGUGAAGGAAUUUUUACUCCCCAAAAGAGCGCCCCCCAUGGCAGGAGAAAAAAGUCGAUUUUUUCUUGUCCCCUAAGGUGGAAAUUCACACUAUUGACUGUCACGCCUGUACGCUUUAUCAUAUUGACACAAAAAUUGACACACAUAUGUAUCUCAAUAAGAUCUACAAAAAAGUCAAUGCGCGCGUAUCUGUCAAAUGUACGGUUAAAGGGCUAUUUUGCAUUUUUUGCCGAUUCGCACACAUUGGAAUGUGGCUAACUCCUCCUAAGGCUUUCGUCCCACUGACACCAAAUUUGCUCAGGCCAAUCUACACCCCAUGGCCAUUCAAAGUUUUAAAAAUCAUGACGCUGCACCCCACGGUUUACGUUCUAGGGGGCGCCAAAGAUGACCCAAAAAUCCACAUUCUUAAAGGAAUCCACAUCCCCCCCAAGGCAGGAGAAAAAGUCAAGUUAACCCUGCCCAUCGCUCAAUGGC